ACACACAGACACAUACACACACACACACACACACACACACACAUAACUUCACUGCACUCCUCUUCAUGUGUCAUUCUCUCCAAGUUAAUAGAGGGAAGCACACUUCUUACCCUGCCUUGAGAGUGCUGAUGAACUAUGAGUGUACGUGUGGAGGCUGUUACGCCGCCCGUUGAUCUGGGCGAGGGUCCUCAUUGGUCCACUAAGGAACAAGCUCUGUAUUAUGUGGAUAUUUUCUCGCAAAAGGUUCACCGCUUUCAUCCUGUCUCUGGGACACAAUCCACCCUACAUAUAGAAGGAGGGCCGGUAACCUUUGUGGUGCCUCAUGUGGACAAGCUUAACACAUUCGUGGUCAGUGUGGGACGGAACCUUGCCCUUGUCACGUGGCCGGACCCUACCAAAGACGCUACCGUCACCUCUAUAUCCAUAAUUGCCUCAGUGGACCUCCCACACGAAAGAAACCGGUUCAAUGAUGCAAAAUGUGAUCCCUUGGGCCGGUUGUGGGCAGGCACUAUGGGAGACACCGAUGUACCUGAGAACCCCUUCCCAUAUCUGGGCAGUCUGUACCUCAUGGCAGAGAACGGCAAGGUGACACAGGUCCUUGAUAAGGUGAGCAUCAGCAAUGGCCUGGCGUGGAGCGAGGACAGACGCACCUUCUACUAUGUGGACACCUGUGAAUAUAAACUGGAAGCAUUCACCUGCGAUUUAGAGAAAGGAACACUUGGUGAGCGUAGGACCAUCUAUGACUACAGAGAGGGCGGUCUUUACCCAGCCUUCCCUGACGGCUUGACCAUCGACUGUCAGGGCAGGCUGUGGGUUGCCUGCUUUGGCGCUGCCAAGGUUCAUUGUAUCAACCCAAAGUCAGGCAAGAUCGAAGACUCUGUCACCUUGCCAACUGACCACAUAACUUCAGUGACCUUCGGAGGACGUGAUCUGGAUGAACUCUACGUGACUACCACGACUAAGAGACUCACCAAAGAGCAACUGGCAGCUCAACCGUCUGCAGGGGCGGUGUUCAGGGUGACGGGACUAAAAACCAAAGGAAGACCAAACGUUGACUGCAACUUGAACAUAAAGUAAUCUCUGCACGACCGGCCGAGGAAACCACUGCACAGAGCAAGGCAUAGAAUAGACUCCGUUUACUUGAUGGGUGCCAGCAGGGGUUUAUGGCAGCAGCCUGUCACACGGGCCGACAAAAUUGUCUACCUUUCUUUUCUGCGCGGCAUCACACAUCCUAUUCUUUAAUUUUUUUGGUCAUAUAUCUUUUCAUUUUAUAUAUCUCUUUUUACUUUAUUGCAACAAAUCGCGGUAACUAUCUUAUAGCACAAUGUCUUCUGAAUGUGAUAUCUUCAGAUUUCUAAUAAAAUAUAAGUGGUAAA